AUGCCUUAAAAUGGGCUGGAAAUACAGAUGGAGGGAGUGGAUAAAACACAUACAUUACGGUGGGCCCCACAACCUCUAACAACAUUGGAGUGUUGGGGCCACCACCCAAUCCGCUUCCGUGUCAGCGUCACCACGCAAUCCGCGUCCCACGAGCUACGUGGUGUUGGGGUCACCACGCAAUCCACAUCCCGUCGGUGGUGGCAGGGUCAUCACGCAAUCUUCGUCCUUUCUCGCUCUCACCAUCUCCUUCUCGCUCGCGACCUCACGACCAGCAGCUCUCUCUCUCGGCAGCGGCAGUGGUCAAUUGAUGACAUGGAUGAUAAUACAUUGGAGCGUCAAGCAGUUUCUCAAUCAGGUCGAAGGUUGGACUUUGAUAUUGAAAUGAAUGAUCAAGAAGUAAGGCAAGAAGUAGACGACGAAGAAGCAAAAGAAGAUGUACUGGUUAAUACAGAUGAGAAGUUAGGUGAAGAACCAAAAAUUGGAAUGGAGUUUAGUUCUGACGAUAGUGCAUAUGAGUUUUACAAUAGGUAUGCUGCAAAAAUAGGGUUUAGCGUUCGAAAGUCGUGGGUAAAAAAAUCAGAUAAGGGUGUCCUACUUAAGAGGAAAUUUUGUUGCUCUAAAGAAGGUCAAAAAUGUGAAGAUAAACGAAUCAAUCAGCCGAAGUAUUACCGUCCGAUUACAAGAACUCAAUGUCUAGCUAGCAUGAUGAUUAGGCUUCAAAAGAAUGGGAAAUACAAGGUGACUAACUUUGUGGCAGAGCAUAACCAUGAGGUUGUUGCACCAUCGAAGGUGCACUUACUAAGGUCACAAAGACAAUCUGGAGGGCGGAAGAAUAUGGGUUUCGUACCUGAUGAUUACAAAAAUUACUUACGAAAGAAGCAAAUGAAAGCAAUGGAAAAGGGUGAUGCAAGAGCCGUUCUAGAAUAUUUUCAAAAAAUGCAAGUAGAGAAUCCAUCUUUUUUUUAUGCAAUACAAGUAGACGAAGAUGAUCAGAUUACAAAUAUAUUUUGGGCAGAUGCGAAGUCAGUAAUGGAUUAUAAUGCUUUUGGGGAUGUGGUCUGCUUUGAUACUACAUAUAGAAUAAAUAGUUAUGGCCGGCCAUUUGCUCCAUUUAUUGGGGUAAAUCAUCAUAAGCAAACUAUAAUAUUUGGUACAGCCUUGCUAUACGAUGAAACACUCGAAUCAUUCAAGUGGUUGUUUCAAACCUUUUUAAGUGCAAUGUCUGGAAAAAAACCACUGACAAUCCUUACAGACCAAGAUGAUGUAAUGACGAAUGCAAUAGCUGCAGUGAUGCCGGAAACAAAUCAUCGUUUAUGCACCUGGUAUAUUCACCAAAAUGCCACCAAGUGCCUUAGUCAUGUAUUUAAUGGUUCAAAAAGUUUCGAACAUGACUUUAGUAAGUGUUUAUAUGAUUAUGAGGAUGAGGAAGAGUUUUUAACUGCAUGGAAUAACAUGCUUGAGAAAUAUGAUCUAAUGCAAAAUAAGUGGCUGCAGGAUUUGUUCAAGGAAAGAGAAAAAUGGGCUUUGGCAUAUGAAAGAAAUACAUUCUAUGCAGACAUGAGGAGCACACAACGGAGUGAAGGCAUGAAUAAUGUAUUGAAAAAAUUUCUAAACUCUAAAUUCAAUUUAUUGCAUUUCUUCACUCAUUAUGAACGGCUAGUGGCUAAUCAACGAUAUCAGGAAUCUAUAGCUGAUUUCAAAAUGAGGCAGAAUACCCCGUUAUUAUUUGUUGAUGUGAAGAUUUUAAAGGAAGCGGCAAAGGCGUAUACUCCUCAAGCAUUUGAAAUGUUUCAAAAUGAAUUCAAGGAAUUUCUUGGCCAUGCAAUUUUUAAAUGCGGUGAGUUUGGCACAGUGACAGAGUUUCGGGUUAUUUGUGAUGAGAAAGAUGAAGGACGCAUUGUUAGAUUCGACUCAUUAGACAAUACAGUCACGUGUAGCUGUAAGAAGUUCGAGUUUGUGGGGAUUUUAUGUAGUCAUGCAUUGAAAGUUUUAGAUCAUCAUAAUAUAGAGGUUCUUCAUCCCCGUUAUAUUAUGAAGAGAUGGCAAAGAGAUGCAAAGGUUGGUUUUUCUAAAGACCAUGCUGGGUUUACAAUACAAGGUGGCUCCAGUGUUGCUUUAGGUAAACGCUAUAGCUAUUUGUGUCGCAAGCUUCUUAAAAUUGCAGCAAUGGCUGGGGAACAUGAUGAGGUUUUCAAAUUUGCUGAUAGAUAUGCCGAUAAGUUUCAUGAUGAAGUGAUGGAAUGUAUGAAAGGAAUUCAUGAACCUCCACUAAUGACAACUCCAGCUACUGAUGAAAUUAUAGAUACUGAAAGCGCACGCUCUGAGCCGAAAGAAAAGGAAGUUACUUUUGUUGAUAGUGUGAGUUCACAAACUGCAAGUGGGAUUAAAGUUAAGCCUAGAGUUGGGAGCAGCCGUCGUGCAUUAAAAAAUUCGCCAGAUAAAGUAAAGAAGAAGAGAUCACGAACUGAAUCCAUUCAUUCACAAGCAAAUCAAGAAAGACAGGAAGCAGCCCAAGCAAAUCAAGAGAGCCAGGAAGUGGCCCAAGUAAAUCAAGAGAGAGAGGAAGCAGCCCAAGUACCAAAUAUUAUUCACCCUCAUUCAUUUCAACCUUCACAUUAUUCAGUUACAAUCCCCACAAUGAGUCAUUUCAAUCAGGGUUCACAUAUUAUAAUACCAAGUGGAUCCCAUACAGGACAUAGUCAUCAUAUGGUGAUGGGCUACACUCUUGGCCCCAGUGGAUCCAUCAAUGCAUCAUUGGAUCAUUAUGGGCACCAACAACCUAAUGUUAGCAUUAAUCAAGAAAACUCUGUGGGCAUCAAAUCUCCGAUAAGAAGUUCGUAUGUUACCAGAGCAAGUCGUUUUGGAGUACCCGGGAGUGGUACUGGUGGAUCCAUGAGUAGCCCUUCGGAAUACCCUAGGGUUCCCUCAAGCAACCCUCAAUUAUCACAUUUACAUCAAGAUUCAUCUAAAGGAAGCGCCGCGUUUAGCCAGUCAUCAUCACUACUAUCUGAUAACAAUCAAUCGGUGGGGUAUGAAGACCACCUACGUUCCAGUAAUUAGAUUUUCUUUUGUCAAAGUCUGUGUGAUUACUUGAUGUGAAUCGGUGGGACUUGAUGAUAGGCACUUGUUUUUGGGUGUCAAAAAGGAGAAGAGAAGGCAGCUGCUCCAACAAUCCAUCACAUGAACUCACUUCAGCAAUCUCUAGGAGUGCUUCUAUUCUAUCAGAAGCAAUGCUGUCAUGCGAGGAAAAAGAAGAGAAAAGACACAAGGAGAUUCCAAGUGUUGAAGAGAGGCGACUGAGGAUUGAAGAAUCAAAUGGAGAGAACAAAUUUGUGCUCUUUUUUUUUUUUUUUUUAUAUGACGCGUGAUCAUUCUAUGUCAUUGUAUUAUAAAACAUUGAUUUUGUUACUAUAUCCAUGGAUUCCUUUUGCUUUUAUUUUUGAGACAUUUUGUCAUUAUCAUUGGCUUGUCCUUGCAAUGCCUAAGAUGAUGAUGUGUCUGAAGCAAAUCGAUGCCAAUAUGAAAUUGCGAAGACAUAUGAAUGACGUUUCUUUUCUUUUUGCUUUAAAUCAAAAGCUCUAUUCUCGCAUGGAAA